CUUGCGCUCUCAUCCCGUUCCCGCUUCCCACACAUCUGAUCCGUAAUAACCACUUCCGUUCCGAAGCUUACGCACACCGCCACUAUGCCCGCUAAGAAACGCUGCCAACUUCAAGCUGAGCCCCGCUGCAACUCUGCAGUGCUGCGUCUGGUCGGCCAAUGCCCACAUUGUCGUCAGGAGUUCUGUGGAAUGCACCGUAUGCCUGAACACCAUGACUGCCAAGGCCUGGAAAGCUGCCGGCAGCAGGCUUUCGAGAAGAAUAAGGCGAAGCUGGAGAGCGAACGGACCGUAGCGUCGAAGAUGGCGAUGGCAUGACCUGUCCCCACCUCGCUUGUUCCUCUCCUGCCAACCUCCCCUUCCUCCCCCCCCCCUUUUCACCUUAUCUCUUGCCUGGUCUAUGCUCACGUAUCUGCAUCUACGUUCCCCGGGGUGGAGCCAGGCCAUACCCAUCGCCACUGUCCCCGUUAUACGUUGCUUCCCUUUUACGACCCUCACGGACAUCCUGUAUAAUCUACACGCGCUUACUGCUAUCCUCGGCCCCUUGGUGACACCCCAUUCCUCUUCCGUCCGCGCUGUCAUC